AUGCAUGCUGUCCCAAUGGAAAUCUUAUUUAUUAACGCUCAAACAAUGAAGUCUGACUGCCCUGCAAUGAAAAGCUAUUGCAACAACUCCGCUUACAGAGCACUCAUGCAGGACCAAUGCCCUCUUACUUGUGGUCUAUGCACCAGCAAUACUAGUAGGUUUUCUCUUGUUUGUAUCAUGUCUACGAAGAAAUAUCAGUAUACUUCAACUGCAUUGGACAAAGUUUGCUUAGAUUGA